AUGAAGGCAUACUGGUUCGACAACCUCCCAGGCGACCAACGCCAACCCCAUGACUCCGGCCGCACAGUCGACCCAGACUACCUAGAAAAGCUCGGUGUCAUCUACCACAGCGUACCAGAAGUCUCUGGCGUGGAACCCAUUGCUACAUCGCGCAACUACAAGAACCGGGAUGAGAUCAUCGUCAGCCCAGAGAAGAUGGGCGACAUCUACGAAGAAAAGGUCAAGUCAUUCUUCUCCGAGCACCUACACGAAGAUGAGGAGAUCCGGUACAUCCUUGAUGGCGCGGGCUACUUCGAUGUGAGGAGCGAGGGCGAUGACUGGGUGCGGAUUUGGCUGGAGAAGGGUGAUUUGAUCAUUUUGCCGCCGGGGAUUUACCAUCGGUUCACUACUGAUGAGCAGAACUACAUCAAGGCUAUGCGACUGUUCAAGGAAGACCCGAAGUGGACGCCGCUGAACAGGGGAAAGGAGACGGAUGAGAACCAGUACCGGAAGCAGUACCUGACAGAGUACUUGAAGGCUAAGCAGGGAGUUGCAGCUUAG